AUGUCGGCCAUCAAGACCGUCUCUGUUAUUGGUGCCUCUGGCAACAUCGGUGCCCCCACCGUGCAAGCCCUCCUGGAAUCCGGCUUCCAAGUCACGGCACUAACCCGCGAGUGUUCCACCUCAACCUUUCCUCCCGGUGUCAAUGUCAAAAGCGUUGUGUUUGCAUCUCUUGACUCCCGUCUGAUCGUCGAUGCCUGCGUCGCCGUUGGCGUGAAGCGCUUCAUCCCCUCGGAGUUUGGGGUCGCUGACUACAAGUCCGGCCUGCCAUACCCGGAAAUGGCCGGCGCCAUCCAGGGCAAGCUUGACCUGUUGGAUUACCUCCAGAGUAAAUCAGAUGCAAACCCAGCAUUCACUUGGACGCGGAUCUGCACUGGGCUCUUCCUUGAAUGGGCUCUCACGGUAGGACAUCUCCGCUUCGAUAAAGCGGCCCACGCCGCCGGCAUCUUUGACUCCGGAGACGAACCUUUUCACGUCUCCAGCUACCCUUUCAUCGGGAAAGCCAUGGCCGCGGUCCUCAGCCGGCCCAAGGAAACAGCCAAUCGAUACCUUGUCAUUGCAUCCUUCACCGCCUCACAGAAUAAACUGUUACACGUCAUCGAAGAGCUUUACGGCCAGUCUUGGACGGUCGAACAUCUCAGCGGCACGGAAAUAAGGAAAGCUGCCGAGAAAGAGACCAGAGAGAAGGGCCGGGAUGCAGGCAUUCGGCCGUAUCAGGAUCUGCUGGCCUGUUUCCUGUAUGCUGAUGGGAUGGGUGCUCAUGCGAAGCCGCAGUACACUGACAAUAAGCUCUUGGGAUUUGAGGAGGACGUGGAGGACCCAAAGGAAACGCUGCGUGAGUGGCUUGCUGGGAGGAUCUAA